UCCCUUAACAGGAUUCUCAGAUGGUGGCUUGUGAACUUCUUUGUAACUCAGAUAAGGAAACUACUGAAGAGGUCCUGAGUUCUCCACGUGUAAUCUUGGAGUUUCUAGCUGGCACCAUUACCUCCAACGAGUGGAGUUCUCCCACCUCCCCCGAGGGGAGCAACGACUCAGGGGGCAGUGAGGCCUUGGACAAACCCAUUGACAAUGAUGCUGAGGGCGUGUGGAGUCCGGACAUUGAGCAGAGCUUCCAGGAAGCGCUAGCUAUCUACCCACCAUGUGGACGGCGGAAGAUUAUCUUGUCAGAUGAAGGCAAGAUGUAUGGCCGAAAUGAGCUAAUUGCCCGCUAUAUUAAGCUGAGAACAGGGAAAACACGCACAAGGAAACAGGUGUCUAGUCACAUCCAGGUCCUGGCAAGGCGGAAAGCUAGAGAGAUUCAAGCCAAGCUAAAGGAUCAGGCAGCUAAAGAUAAAGCCAUGCAGAGUAUGGCUACAAUGUCAUCUGCCCAAAUUAUCUCUGCAACUGCCUUCCACAGUAAAGUGACCUUGCCUGGUCUCCCACGUCCAGCCUAUCCUGCAGUUUCUGGGUUUUGGCAAGGAGCUUUACCAGGGCAAGCUGGAUCAUCUCAAGAUGUAAAGCCUUUCUCUCAACAACCUUAUGCUGUACAGGCUCCGCUUCCAUUACCAGGGUUUGAGUCUCCCGGACUGUCACCUUCCCCAUCAGCACCAGCUUGGCAAGGACGGAGGGUUGCUAGCUCCAAACUUUGGAUGUUAGAAUUCUCUGCAUUCUUGGAACAACAAGAUCAAGACACAUAUAACAAACACCUAUUUGUGCACAUUGGGCAGUCAAGCCCUAGCUACAAUGACCCCUACCUCGAGGCAGUGGAUAUCCGACAGAUCUAUGACAAGUUCCCUGAAAAAAAAGGGGGCCUGAAGGAGCUGUUUGAAAGGGGGCCAGCUAAUGCCUUCUUCCUUGUAAAAUUCUGGGCUGAUUUGAACACCAAUAUUGAAGAUGAAUCCAGAUCUUUCUAUGGCGUUUCCAGCCAAUAUGAGAGCCCAGAAAACAUGGUCAUUACCUGUUCCACCAAAGUGUGCUCCUUUGGAAAGCAGGUGGUGGAGAAAGUGGAGACAGAGUAUGCACGCUAUGAAAAUGGACACUACUCUUACCGCAUUCACCGCUCCCCUCUCUGCGAAUACAUGAUCAACUUCAUUCAUAAACUCAAGCACCUUCCUGAGAAGUACAUGAUGAACAGCGUGCUGGAGAACUUUACUAUCUUGCAGGUUGUGACAAACAGGGACACGCAGGAGACAUUGCUGUGCAUAGCAUAUGUUUUUGAGGUGUCAACUAGUGACCACGGUGCGCAACAUCACAUCUACCGGCUGGUGAAGGACUAGAAACUCUCUGCUCCAAGUCAUCCAUGGGAUGCACGUCUAAGAAAAAAGCCUGUGCUUUAACAACCCCUGUCCUCUCAUCCCAAACUGAAAAAUAAACUGCAGAUACUAUGUAUUUUCAGAAAAGAA